AUGAAGGGGAAACUUUCUAUCAACAUGGUAACCGCUGCAACCUCGACAGGCUCUGUGAGAUCAGCUGGACUGUCCCUUAUACUCCUGUCUUUUUUCCUUUACAUAGCUGAUUCUUAUCCAAACACUGAGUUAUCAAACAUGGGCUGCGAGGAGUGCACGCUGAGGAGGAACAUUUUUUUCUCCAGGGAUCGACCAAUCUUCCAGUGCGUGGGCUGCUGCUUCUCCCAGGCGUACCCGACGCCUCUCAAGGCAAUGAAUACGAUGGCGACCCCUAAGAACAUCACCUCGGAGGCAACAUGCUGCGUCGCCAAGCACAGCUACGAGACGGAGGUGGCCGGCAUCAAGGUGAGGAACCACACAGAGUGCCACUGCCACACCUGCUAUCAUCACAAGAUAUGA